AUGGGAAAUGGGGAAAGGAUUCAUUUUUGGACGGAUAGAUGGUUCAAUGAUAUGAGUCUUAGGUGUGAGUUCCCUAGACUGUUUAGUUUAUCCGUGGAGAAGGAUGGUUCCUUGCAGUUUUUCUACCAACGAAAAGGACUGGGCAGUGAUUGGAAGUUGGCAUUUAGAAGAUCGCUCCUAGCAUGGGAGGAGGAGGAAGUACAAAGACUAAAUGUAGUAUUAGCAGAGGUUCCUAAUCUAAAUCUUGUGACUGAGGAUAACUGUCUGUGGAAAGCUAAUAAUUCAGGGGUAUUCACUGUGGCCUCAGUGUGGGAAAGGUUGGAGGUAGUUAAUGGAUCCAGGAUUCCCAUUUCAAACUUCCUAUGGAAAAAUGCAGCACCUCCAAAGGCUCAGUUCUUCAGCUGGUUAGCUUGGAAAGGGAGAAUCAAAACCGUAGAAUUUAUGCACAGGAUUGGAGCUCUACCCAUCAAUGUCAGCUCCUUAUGUGUAUUUUGCAAAGCAGAGGUAGAAACCAUAAAUCAUGUGUUGCUUUUAUGUCCAUUGGUGUGGAAAUUAUGGUCUGAGUUGAUAAGUUGGUGGGAAGUGCAGUGGGUAACGCCAAGAUCUGUGGUUGUUUUGCUUGACUGGUGGUCUGAUUUUGCACAGAUGGUAGAGAGAUUGAAAGUAAGAAUUGCAUUAUGGGUUAAGUCAAAUGUUAAGGGGGUGCACCACACAGUACAUGAUAUUGUCACAAACUUGAAGCAGGUCUCUGAUAUGGGAUGCUGGUCUGGUCUGAUCUGUCUACUAAUCUGGACUAUAUUAUGGAGGGUGGCAUUGAUGCUCUGCAGCUGGGAUGGUCUGAGGCCCCUCCAUGGGCCUGCUGUGAGGCUUGUUUCAAGUUCAAACCUGAGUGGUGGCUGUUGCUGCAAGGAUCAUGCUCUGCUGUCUGAAGUAUGA